AUGUCGCCCAAUUUAUUCGGUACCACUGCUGCUGUCAUUUCUGAAGCAUCGCAAACUCCAGAUCUAAAAGUUAAGUCCAAUGGAUCCUCGACAUCUUACCUGAAUAAUAAAGAAAAUAAUAAAAAGUACCCUUGGAAAAUCGUUUGGCGAAAUGUCAUCGCCUUUCUGUACUUGCACUUUGGAGCUCUAUACGGUUUAUACCUAUUUUUCGACGGCGCCAAGUUUUUGACCGUACUGUGGACUAUCCUCGUAGCCUGUUCAGCUGCGGUUGGUAUCACUGCGGGGGCGCAUCGACUUUGGUGUCACAGAGCUUACAAAGCUAAAUGGCCAUUGAGAGUCAUUCUUAUGAUAUUUCAAACCACUGCAUUUCAGAAUCAUUUAUACGAGUGGGUGAGAGAUCACCGCGUGCACCACAAAUUCACGGACACGGAUGCAGAUCCGCACAACGCGAAGAGGGGCUUCUUCUUCUCCCAUAUGGGCUGGCUGCUGCUGCGCAAACAUCCCGACGUCAUCAGCAAAGGUGCGAGCGUGGACAUGAGCGACUUGGACUCCGAUCCUGUCGUUGUAUGGCAAAGAAGGCUUUACAUCAUUCUCAUGCCAUUAUUUUGCUUCGUAAUCCCUGCUUGGAUACCUUGUUACUUUUGGAAUGAAAAUCCCAUGAACUCCUGGUACGCAACAAUUUUUAGAUACACUUUAUCCCUCAAUAUAACGUGGCUCGUUAAUUCCGCUGCACACAUUUGGGGAACAAGACCGUAUGACGAGUCAAUCAGCGCAACGGACAACGUACGAGUAGCAUUGGGAGCCUUCGGGGAAGGAUGGCACAACUAUCAUCACGUGUUUCCAUGGGACUACAAAGCAGCAGAAUUAGGAGAUUACAGCGUAAAUUUUUCAACUGCUUUCAUUGACUUUUUUGCUAAAAUUGGAUGGGCUUACGAUCUCAAAACUGUUCCCCUGGAAAUGAUCGAAAAAAGAGCAAAACGAACGGGCGAUGGUACGAGAAUUGAGCACGACGACAGCGAAAAUCAUCACGAGGGUGCUAUUUGGGGAUGGGGAGAUAAAGAUAUGCACCAAGAGGAUAUCGAAAUGGUUCACAUAAUUAACAGCCAACCGAAUGAAAAAUCAAAACUCUUUUAA